GGGCCGUGAUGGUGACCGCAUUGGGCAGUAUGACCUGGCCGACAUCAAGCAGGGCAUUCGUAACCUACCGAACUUCAAGGGAGGCCCUACCUUGCAGUGGUUCCCAGUGGCUCCUCCCACUGGUGCGGUUGCAGAGACUUGGAAGCUUGCUUUGGAGAACGUCAGCCCGCCCUUACUCCAGAUCUUUCAAUGCAGCCAGGCGUUGGGCCCCGCUCCCCAGCGGUUCAAGGAUGGCGAGACAGCGCACCUGCGCAAGCCGAAACGCGAUGGGAAGUCCGCCAUGAACGAUUACCGCACCAUCAGCCUCAUCAGCCACAUGGGCAAGGUCUUCACGCGAGUCACCGCCCUCGACGCCAUGCGCGACAUCUCCCACAGGAUCUCCCCGACCCAGUUCGGUGCCAUGCCUGGCCGUGGCACUCGGGACGCAAUUUCGGUUGCGUUGGAGGUCAUCACUCGUCAUCAGCAAGCCCAUCGAGUUCGAGCACGCGGACGCGCCACGGACCCUCCACCUAUGAUACUGGUCAUCCUUACGGGCUUGGAGAAGGCCUUCGACAUCAUCGCACGGCAGUCCAUUUGGGACAGCCUGGAGUCUCUCCAACUACGGCCUGAUGCACGUGAGACGCUGGAGGAACUCCACGACGGCAUGUGCUACCUCUAUCGUGACGUGCGCACUCGCCUGCCCUGCUCCCGCAUUCAAGUUCAGCGCGGCGUCCGCCAGGGAGGGGUGGAAAGCCCUGGUCUCUUUGUCGCUGCUUAUGACAAGCUAGUGGCCGAGGUGGCAGAACGUCAGCGUGAGAAUGAGUUUCCUGGGAUCUUCGUUUACUUUGACCCUAGCCUCAAGAAGAUUCGCACCUCGGACCCGCUGCCGAAUGACUCCUGCGAGUGCCUGGUGAACAAUUUUGACGAGGCGACCCAGCUGCUUGACUUAGUGAACGGCGAGAUUUCCUACGGUGGCAUGAAGGUCAACGCGAACAAGACUGAGCUUCUCCUCAUCCCCAGCGGCACGGGCAGUAAGAGACUCCAGAAGACUAUCAACUCACACUCCACGGGCAUCGUGACCUGGCAGGAUGAGGAGGCCCACGCCGUGCACCCGCAGCCGACGGUCAAGUACCUAGGC